UCCCACGGGGCAGUCCAUGUUAUGUCCCUUGGGAAGUAGUCCCAAGGACUAAAGCUGGGGACAAACACAAAGAAUACAGAGUUUGUCAAAGGAGUUACCCUCUGUUAAACUUUGCCAAAAUGCGAGUGUCUUUCAUCUUUUUGUUACUCCAACUUUGGAGGAACGUGGAAGUCUCUUCAUCACAGAAUGGAUGUUCAGUGCUCCCAAUUGUUCCUCACGCCGAUGUGUCUGAAGACACCAAAAAAGCUGAGUACCAAGCGGGAAACGAGAUUCAUUUCACUUGUGAAACUGGUUAUAUAUCAGGUCUAGCCAUCACUUAUGUAUGUAGUCCUACAAGCGGACGCUGGGUGGCAGGCCGUCGAGGAAAAUGCUCCUUAAAGCCAUGUCCAUUUCCUGAUGACACUCCUAAUGGCUAUUAUCAAAUAAUCAACGGUGAAGAGUUUGUAUUUGGUACCACAAUCAAAUACUUUUGUAACAAAGGGUAUCAAAUGGUGAGUAAGGAUGAUACCAGGACUUGUUGGUUGGACAACUGGAGCAAUCAUGUGCCAAUAUGUGAUCCUUUGAGCUGUGAGCAACCGCCCGUAGAGGAAGGGUUUAGAAUUGAAGGUUUACCGGAAAAUGAUGAUCCCAUACUUCCUGACCGCUUCCUAAAGUUCAGCUGUGAUGGUCGUGGAAAAUAUCUGAAUGGCAGUUCAUUGCUGAUAUGUGGUAAAGAUGGACAGUGGGAUAAUCCAUUCCCUUCUUGUGAAGAUAUCACUUGUGAAGUUGAUGUGAUGCAGCCUCAUCUACAUGUUACUGGACUACCACCAGCAAAUGGAAAAAUGAAGGUUGGACAGAUCUUACGGUUUCACUGCGACGAUCAAUUUAUAAUACAUGGAUCUGAAGAAAUUGAAUGUUUACCAACUGGGAGGUGGAAUGCCAUCCUUCCAACUUGCGCUGAAAAAUGCAAAGUUGCAGGAGUUUCAAACAGCGUGCACUUGAUCACACAUGUACCAAACAAUCAACUAAGAAGAGGACAAAAGUUGAGGUUUGCUUGCAUCAAUCCGAAACACAUUCUUCACGGGAAGGCAGAAGUUGAGUGUUUAGCAAACGGACAUUGGAGUGAUCCCUUCCCAAUAUGUGGAGCUCCUUUCGGGUGUCUGAAAUCACCACCCCUUCCAGAUGGAGACACGGUGGGACAUGUACAAUUCACAUACAACCAUGGAGAAAGGGUUGGAUAUGUCUGUCAGUAUCUCUACACUAUGGAGGGUGAGCCUUACAAAACCUGCCACAAUGGGGAAUGGAUUGGACAGAUGAGAUGUCUAAAACCAUGCACUGUGGAUGAAGAAGCCAUGCGCUUGCAUAAUAUUGAAUAUAUAAAGAUGACAAAAGCUGCAUGUGCCCCAUACUGAUCAUUUGACUUUCAAGUGUACCGAAGGUAGAUACUCUGUCAGCACAUUGAACAUGCGUCAGAUGUGUGUUGAUGGUGAAAUGGAGCUGCCCA